UAAAAGCAAACCAUCUACCGUGCCGUUUCCAUGCUUAAAUUGUUUAUAAAAAAGCGACGAACUGCUCACGUUUUAUUGAGUGUCAUGUGAAAAUCAGAACACAGUAUUUGGUAUAGUGGAUUAUGCUCGACAAGACUUAUUUAACGAUGCCCGAUCCGGAAUUCGCUGAUUUACAAACUGCUUCUACUAAUUGCUCUAAUAACAGCACGAUUAACGACGAGACCGUUAUCAAUUCGAAUGACUCGUCCGCCUCUUCAUCGUCUACUACGUCAGUGACGCCUGGUUCUUUGGCUACCUGCGCUGCUUGUGGUAACAAAAUUAGUGAACGUUACAAGUUAUUUGUCGCCGACCGAUUUUGGCACGAAUCUUGUCUACGCUGCUGCGUUUGCAAUACCCUACUAGAAGAUUCGCUAUUCGUCAAGAAUACGCAGUUCUACUGCAAAGAAGAUUACUGGGAACGCUUCGGUCCUCGUUGUUCUCGAUGUUCCUCUGUUAUAAGGAGAGGAGAAAUGGUAAUGAGAACCCCGCAAACUCAGCAUAUCUUCCACACCGACUGCUUCUUUUGCAUCACUUGCAAUGCUAGAUUUCAGCCGGGUGAAGAGUUCGCAAUGCGCGACAACCUAGUCUUCUGCAAACUUCACUACGAACUACCGUUUACCCCCGAUUACUGCUCGACGAAUACAACACCAGCACCUCAGAUACCUCCUCCUCAUUUCUAUAAUGGAGUCGGAGUAAAUAAGGGCAGACCUCGGAAGAAGAAAAAUGCUCAACAGAAUUUGGAACACGACCGCUGUCUAAUGGGCAUAGCACUCUCACACGAUGAAAAUGAUACGAUUUCGGCCGACGGCUACGGAGGUCAGCAAGCACCUCGUCAAAAACGAGUACGAACCUCUUUCAAGCACCAUCAGCUGCGAACCAUGAAAUCGUACUUCGCACUGAAUCAGAAUCCAGAUGCCAAAGAUUUGAAACAGUUGUCGGAAAAGACGGGAUUAACGAAACGCGUUUUGCAGGUCUGGUUCCAAAAUGCUAGAGCGAAGUACAGGCGGAACAUUCUAAAGCAAGAGCAAGACAAGGGUGACAACCGAAUCACUGCGGACGAACUCAAACAAGAAACGCUGUCAGAAAUGCACAACGGGAGCGUCACUUCACCGGCCAUGAGCGACACUUCGUCGGCAACUUCAAUGACCGAUAUUCACAACGGUCACCAGGAAAACGAGCACCCGUCAUCCCUCUCCGACCUUUUUUCGAAUUCCUUAACAAAUAUGGCGACGGCUAUGUGAACAUUUUUUCUCUAUAUACAAAUAUAUCUAAAUAUAUACAAUAAAC